GUUUUGUUUGCUCCAGUCGUUUUAAAACAGCCGUCGACGACGAGUGUUCGAAAACAUGUUGAAGCUCUGUGUGUUCCUUGCUUUGAGUUUCGUGGCCUGCCACGGAGCUCCAAAUAAAGCCUCCGGCACGUUCUGUGGAGUGACACCAAAUAAUAUGUUCAAAUGCCUGAAUAACCCCCGUGUGUUGAAUCUAGAAGCGGCUGCCAAAUGUACCAGUCAGGUUACAGAGUGUGAAAAAAUUACCUGCGUCUUCCGUGAACAGAAAUGGUCUAAGCGUGGAGUUAUAGACAAGGCCAAGAUCAGGGCACACUUCGAGCAGUACGAAACGGAGCAUCCUGAGUGGGCCCAGGCCGUCCAGCACGUGAAGGCCUUCUGCCUCGCCCCAGAGCUUCGAGCACAAGGAGUGUUCCUCAACUGCCCUGCUUACGACAUCAUGCAGUGUGCCCUGGCUAGCUUUAUCAAGCACGCCAGCCCAUCCGUGUGGUCGACCGAGCAGAACUGUGACUACCCCAAGGCAUACGCUGCUGACUGCCCCGUCUGCCCCUCUGAUUGUUACUCCGCUGCAAUCCCUAUCGGUUCCUGUAAUGCCUGCUAUCUACAGCCACGCACAGUCUAAGCAUUUCUCCUAUGAUUAUGUUCAAACUACAAAUUAAAUUGUACACGGUUUUUUGUUAAGACCGCA